AUGGAAGCCGCGGGUCUUGCUAUUGGGGCCGUGGCCCUCAUUGGCCUUUUCAAGGACUGUGUUGAUCUCUUCUCCAUGAUCACCGCCGCACGACGUCUAGGCCAGGAUGCUGCAAUCUUGGAAACCAAGCUGGACGUGGAGAGAAUGCUGCUCCUUCGGUGGUCCGACCGCGUUGGUUUACUUCAGUUCUUCAGCUGUGAUCAAUCCUCAAACGAGUCGCUCAAUCCCUCCAGCAUACCGCUGCAAGACCCGGAAACUCGUAAGAUAGUUCUGCGGGUUCUGACAUGUAUCAAGAGUCUUCUCAGUGAAGGCGAGGCUUUACAACAAUCGUACGGGCUCCAGCAAUUUGAUGUAUCAGAGUCCCUGGACCCUAAUACCUCAGCUGUCAACAGCUCUCAAGGAGCAAGUGCCUCUCGACUUAAGCGGUUCCUUCAUGAUUUCCAUCGGCUCAAAAUCGACACGCAGAACAGAAAGGGCGCACCACGCUCAUCUAAAAUUACCGAUACUACAAACAAGGUCCGAUGGGUCAUCGUUCAUAAAGACAAAUUCAACGCUCUUAUCGCAAAUCUUUCCUAUUUCAACAGUUCGUUGAUGGAACUAGCCCCGACUGUCUCCCCUUCCACUCUAUCAUCAAUCCAAGAAGACUUGAGUCAUGUACGCAGCAUUGCAGAGCUGGAUAUCAUCAUCCAAGCAUCCGCGGAUUCACGACCAGCCAUCAAAUCCGCCGCAGUUGCAGUCAAGAAAGUGAUACUGCAUCCUCAGAUACUUCAGCGCUUGUGGUUCCGUCACCAUGAAGACAGGCGUUUCAACGUCAAGGAAGCUCACUAUAAGACGUUGAGAUGGGCACUUGACCCACCCAAUGGCUACACGGAAUGGGAUGAUCUUGGCAAUUGGCUAAAAGAUGCCCGUAGCAUAUACUGGAUAUCUGGUAAAGCAGGGAGUGGGAAGUCUACGCUAAUGAAGUAUCUGUUAUCUCAGAGCCGUAUGCUCGAGCUCCUCACUAAAUGGGCAUGCGGCUCCUCUAUUGUCUUAGCCAGCUUCUUUUUCUACGCCCUGGGUAGGCCGGAACAGAAGUCGCAGUCUGGACUCUUGAGAAGCCUGCUCUACCAGCUCUUAAAAGAGGACCCUGACAGCAUCGAGAUCACUCUUCCCAACAUGUGGCAAGAGGCUUGUACGAAUACCGAUAGAGAUCCUUUGAAACUCUCGGUUCCCUCCAUCGCCGAAAUGGCAACUGCCCUGUCUCAUUACUGUGCAUCAUGCAAUGCCAGUAAGAAGUUUUUCUUCAUGAUGGAUGGAGCUGAUGAGUAUGAAGGAGGGGAUCUGGACGCCAUCAAAUUCAUUACAGAUCUUGGAGCAUUUCCUAAUGUCAAGAUCCUAGUUUCAAGCAGACCUCACCCUGCAUAUGUGGCCGCUUUCGAGCACACGGCAAGGCUCAACCUGCCGGAUCUGACAAGAAGCGACAUAGCUUCAUAUAUCAGCGAAAGCAUCGCUACCCAUCCGUAUCUCAUCACACUUUCAGAAAUACAACCCAAUGUGGUGGAAGAGCUGAUUGAAGAACUUGUUAGCAAAGCUUCUGGGGUCUUUCUGUGGGUCGUGUUAGCCUGCAGGUCUGUCGUUGAAGGUUGCAACGACUACUGUUCUUUCUCGGACCUGCAAACCCGUAUUGAUGAGCUUCCCAGAGAGGUCGAGGAUCUCUUGCAACACAUGCUCAACAAGGUCAGGCCAGCGUGGCGGACAGAAGCGAUCAAGCUUUUGAAUAUUGUCUACACAAACAAAUGCAACAACGAUUUCGAAUCUAUCCCAACCAUAGGAUUGCAUUUUGCUUAUGAGCAAGGGCUCCAAGUCACUGAAGAGUCGGUAAGAGAAAGACUGGACAAGAUUCCUAGUCAGCAAAUAACUGCGAGAUGUCAGAUUAUGGAAGGUCUCCUGAGAAGUCGAUGCUGUGGGCUUCUUGAAGUCCAACGUGCAGAAGCAAGUUUCAGUAGCCUCAACUUCUGCGUUUGCAAUCCCGAGGUUUUCCAACCUCAUGAUAGCCUUCGAGAUUCUGAGGUUGUUUUUAUGCACCGAACAGUUUACGAACUUCUAACGCAGCCUAGAGCAUGGCAAGAAGACUACGUCGUUUUUCAGAACAUCACAUUGAAUAGUCAUGCUAUCUUAUCAACGAUGUGGUGUCAACUCGUCCCCAUGGCAUACGUUCAACACUCGGCUAUAAACAGCGCUCUGGGUCAUAUAUACCAUGGCUACAAUAGCGGGUUAUCGCCUGAAACUACCCUUCGCUGCCUUUCCAGGUUCCAGGUCCUCUUUGGAAACGAUGAAUUGGACGCUGUGUGGAUCACAGCAAACCAAUAUUUACUGCACAAUCCCGGGUGUCCAAGAUGCUGGGGUGACUUGCCAAUAGCACUUGCUCUUGCCGUUGAGAUGGGGUUUACUGGUGUUGUCGAGUUUGUUAUUGAGAAUGCAUCCUCGAUUGGCAGGUCUUUACUUCAGGCAGCCAACAAUAUGCCUCUUUGUGAUUGUGGAAAGCAUAUUUCUCGGCCUACCUUCAAACCCUUGCCUAGAUUCAAGUAUUACUCCCUUUGCCGAGUUGCCCUGCAAACCAGAUACCCCCUAAUUUACCAUGCCGUUUGUAGGCCAAUGUUGCGAGACCUAUACAACAACUGCUUAACUCCGCCAGAUUACCAAAGUACUUCUCCAAAUCUAGGCAUGGUUCGAUAUAUUUUGCAGCUGGGUGGAAGCCCAAAUGAACAUCUGCAAGGUCUCGAGCAAGCGAAUUCCGAAGAAGCUACGGUCUGGACUAAGUGGAUCGAAGGAGAUCCAGAGAUUCUGAGCAAGUUACAUGGGUCGAUGACACUACACACAAUGGAAACCACGAAACUUCUAUUGGACUCUGACGCAGAGACUCAAGCUACUAAUUCAGAUACUCUCCACAUGUUAUUGGAUAAGGUUGAUGGACUUCGUCAAUGGACGAUAUACCCAGGUCCCGCAGAUCAAGAGGGUUGGGCGAAGAUAGAGAACACCAUCAAAGGUCGGCUGGAACAAGCUACCAACUGUUGCAAGAACUCCCAUCAGGGAAGAUUCAAAGAGCCAGGCCUGAGAGAAGGACCUGGCUUAAAGUCUGGGAAGCGAGCAGUUACGAACGUGCUCACACGGUCUAGCAAAAGGCGCAGAGCGGUUAAUGACUGA